CGUCAGUGACUUUUCGCAAUUGCGCGUGCGCGAACUCCUAACCCCAAAAACAAAACGAUUUUUACAUAAAUAGUAGAAAUUUAAUAGUUCUUAAACCCUUUACAAUGAUGAAACAGUUUAAAUCGCAGCUACGCGGUUCAAACCGCCUCAAAGAAGGUGACAAACGGCGAGUCAUAGACGAAACCCAGCGGAGGCGCCGACACAGAAAAAUAAUGGAACUGUUGGAAUCAGACAACUACCAGGACGAUCCUCAUGCCGAUCUAGUAAUGAGCAAAAAAGUGCCCAAAUUUGAGGACAAUUUAGAGCAGCGGACGACGCGGACCAAGAAAAAGGAACGAACGGCGGAAUAUUACCAAACAAAGUUUCGGAAAAACUUCCAACAACUUGUGGACGAAGACAGGAUAGAGGCCGACAUAGCGGGGCGCGUCUCAUACGUGGACGUAGCCGCCGAAGAGUCAAACCUGCCACCGAGGCACUUCUGCGCCGUUUGCGGGUUUUUCGGGCACUAUUCGUGUGUUGCGUGCGGGAUGAGAUACUGUAGUAUUAAGUGCAUGGAGACACACAUGGACACAAGGUGCCUCAAGUGGACUGCAUGAUUGUUUUUUUUUUAUUGAUAUUGCGGAAAUGAAAUAACUUUGUGAUAUGUAAUUUUUAUUCACUUUAUUUUUAUUAAAUAGUCAGACAAUAACAA